AUGGAUGCCCGACUAUAUUUAAAAAGCUAUGGCUGGCAAGACGGCCAUGCGCUUAAAAACGGUGGAAUCAAGAAACCCAUUUUGGUGAAGCACAAGAAAGACAAGAAGGGCCUUGGAUCAGAUGGAAAUGAUGCAGAUGUAUGGUGGGAGAGACUUUUCGACGGUCAGCUCAAGACCCUUGAUGUCAACAACAGCACCAAGGGAGUUAGCUUUGAGACAAAUACCAUGGAAACCGAGAAUCACCUCCGAAGAUCGAUGUCACCUUUAUACAAGAUGUUCGUCAAGGGAGAAGGAUUAGCAGGAACAGUGGGCAAAACCGAUAAUGCACAUCUCAAAAGCAGCAAGAUCGAUAGCGAAAAGGCUAUUGAACAGACAGAGAUCAUCAUGAAGAAGGCCAAGAAGGAGGCCAAGGUACACAAGGACAAAAGCAAAAGUACAAAGUCUAAGGAUGAGAAGACGGACAAAGCUGACAAGAAAAAGCUGAAGGAUAGCAAAAAGGAGAAGAAGGACAAGAAGGACAAGAAAGAGAAAAAGGAAGUGAAGGAGAGCCCCGCUGAAAAGAAGCAUAAAAAGGAGAAGUCAUCAUCGAAAGCCAAGAAAGAACUGGAUAAGAAGUCAAAGCUGGAGCUGAAGUCUAAAAAAAGAUCAAGAGACAAGAGCGACGAGAAGGAGAAGACGAAAAAGAGAAAGAAGGAUAAAUAG